GCAAAGGGGCGGGGCUCCGGCGUCGCGGGCUCCGGUUCCUGCUAGCUGGCCGCAGGCGCCGAGCUCGGGAUCCGACUCGGGGAGGGAUGGAGGCGGGCGGAUUGGCCGACUCGCUUCUUUCCGGAGCUUGCGUGCUCUUCACCCUCGGCAUGUUCUCCACCGGCCUCUCGGACCUCAAGCACAUGCGGAUGACCCGGAGUGUGGACAGUGUCCAGUUCCUGCCCUUUCUCACCACGGAUGUCAACAACCUGAGCUGGCUGAGUUAUGGGGCCCUGAAGGGAAACUGGACGCUAAUCGUCGUCAACGCCGUGGGUGCUGUGCUUCAGACCCUGUAUAUCUUGGUGUAUCUGCACUACUGCCAUCGGAAGCAUGCUGUGCUCCUUCAGACUGCAACCCUGCUGGGGGUCCUUGUCCUGGGUUUUGGCUACUUUUGGCUCCUGGUGCCCGACACUGAGACCCGGCUUCAGCAGCUGGGCCUCUUCUGCAGUGUCUUCACCAUCAGUAUGUACCUCUCACCACUAGCUGACUUGGCCAAGGUCAUUCGUACUAAAUCGACCCAACGUCUCUCCUUUUCACUCACCAUUGCCACCCUCCUCACUUCUGCCUCCUGGACGUUCUAUGGGUUUCGACUAAAAGAUCCCUACAUUGUGGUGCCCAACCUUCCAGGAAUCCUCACCAGCUUCAUUCGCUUCUGGCUUUUCUGGAAAUACCCCCAGGAGCAAGACAGGAACUAUCAACUUCUACAAACCUGAGGGAGUUCACCUGACCACUGGGCACCUUAAUGCCAACAUACUACCAAAGAAACCUUGUUUCAGCUCUUCCUGCUGGUCACCUCCACUGGUGAAGUGCGUUGUGGUAAAGGAAAAGAACUGCUUUGAGAAUCCAGGGACUAAAGAAAGGGCUUUACUUAGAAGACUGGAUGGAACCUGGGAGAUGAAUCACUUUUUUUUUUUUUUCAAGAUUUUAUUUUUUAAUUUGGGAGGUCGGGGGAAAUCUUUAGAAUGUGCCUUAAAAUAAACUGUUCCCUACCCCUUGCC